AUUAAUCGUUGAUAAUAAAAAAGAGAUUGGAGAAAUAAAUCAAGUUGAUAGUAGUGAUAAAAAAGAUCAAUUACAAAAUGCAUCGUUGAAAAUAGUAUUACAGAAACAGUUACAGGAUGGUUCGUAUAAAAUAACGAAUAAUGUCAAAACAACAAAAACUCCGUUGACAACAACAACAAUAACAUCAACAUCAACAACGUCAACAACAACAACAACAUCAACAACUGCUACAGCUGCUGUGACUAAAAAAAGUUUACCAAAAAUUACAUCUGUUGAAAUAUUACCCACUAAACAAAACCCUCACAUUGGGUCAUUGCAGUUAUUGCCGAUUAAAAAAUUUACUUUGAAAGCGAAUAAAGUCGAAGAAAUUCCACGAAUUAUACUUGAUAAUAACACAAUCAAGGAUUCAGUGACAAGCUUAUCAAAGCCAAAAAUAACGACUGCUGUAAAAACAUCUAGACUUUUAUCUAAAUCGAAAGUUACUUCAAAAGUUGACCCGCUAAAUAAUGUCAAUAAUAAUAAUAAUAUUAAUAACAACAACAAUAAUAUUAAUAAUAUGAGUAAUGUAAAUGCUCCGAAGAAAAAUGAACCAAAAUUAAUGUACGAAAUAAAGUCACAAGAUGGAUUUACGCAUACAGCGUCAUCAAUGUCUGAAGUUUGGGAUUCAGUCUUUCAAGCGGUUCAAGCUGCGCGAAAAACGCACAACUUACCUCCACUUACUCACAAUCCAUUGACGGAAAAUCUAGGGUUGGACAAUAAUGCAACGGUGUACCUAGUUGAACAAUUGGCUGGUGUUAAUAGAUGUACCAAGUACAAACCCAGGUAUCAUAAUUUAAAACCACCAAAAUCAUUUGACAGUGAUAUUGUGUCGGGAUCCGAGUACGGAUCUGCACGCGCUGAGCCGUUUAAGGAACGCAAGGUUCAUGAUAUGUUCAGCUGGCUCGCGUCACGACAUCGCCAGCAGCCGAAAAUUCUAGCAGUCUCGGAGAUGGAUGUCAGACGAGCAGCAAGUACCAAUUUACCAAUGGCUAUGAGAUUCAGAAUGCUCAAAGAAACUUCGAAAGAAUCUGUAGGUGUUUACCAUUCUCAUAUUCAUGGCCGAGGAUUGUUUUGCUUGAGAGAUAUUGAAGCUGGAGAAAUGGUUAUCGAGUACGCCGGCGAGGUGAUACGCGCUUCGUUGACUGACAAACGAGAAAAAUAUUAUGACAGUAAACAUAUAGGAUGUUAUAUGUUUAAAAUAGAUGAUCAUUUAGUGGUUGACGCAACAAUGAAAGGAAAUGCCGCGAGAUUUAUAAACCAUUCUUGUGAGCCCAACUGUUACUCAAAAGUCGUGGAUAUUCUUGGUAAGAAACACAUAUUAAUAUUCGCCUUGCGACGUAUUACUCAAGGAGAAGAGUUGACAUACGACUACAAAUUUCCAUUUGAAGAUAUUAAGAUACCAUGUACUUGUGGCUCACGAAAGUGUCGUAAAUACCUCAAUUGAAAUAAUCGUUAAGUAAAUAAUUAAAGAAAGAAGGAAAGAAAAAAAAAUAAUACUUAACGUAAUAUCAAACUAAGUCUCGUAUCGAGCAAUACCGAGCAAUUUAAGAUAGUUUAAAUAUUAUUAUUUACAUAGGCAACUAUGAUUCGUCCUACUAAAAUAGUAACUUAGUUACUUCAUUUAUAGAUCGCAGCUUUUAUUUUAAUAUUAAUUAUUUUACAAUCAAGUAUACAUAAUUAUAAUUAUUACAACGAUAUUAAAUUUUCAUUUAUAAAUUUUAAAUACGUAUUAGAUUUUAAAUAAUUAUAAUUAUAAGCAUAAUAAUUGCUUUCUUAUGCUCUCGACGUUAUAUUCGCCAUUGCGAGAUAAAUAAUUAAUGUAUUUUGUAUUAUUAUUAUUAUUAUUAUUAUUAUUAUUAUUAUUAUUAUUAUUAUUAUUACUAUUAUUACUACAACUGCCUAUAUAGCAUUACAUACUCGGGCUUUUUUAACGAAUUCAUUUAUAUAAAUAUAUAUCUAUGAUUUAUUAAUAAUCCGGUUAAUGCUUUACGAUUAAUAAAUGAAUCACGAUAGUGCUACACUGCAUUCGUGAUAGUUUUUUAUAUAUAUAUAUAUAUAUUAACAUGACAUGUUUAGUAUUUUUUUUUAGUUCACUGACUAAAAUAUCUAUAGUACCCAACGCAGUCGAUGAUCCCAUUAAUUGUUGGGAUGAUAAAUCGUAUCUAUUACUUUUAGACUUCCGAUAAUUAUUAAAUAAAAAUGAUUUUGAUCUUUUUAAUAUUAUUAUUAUUAAUGAACGUUAAUUUAAACAACAUUGCAUAGUUUCAGAGACUAAGUGUACAGUGUAUUUUAUUAUUAAUAUACUUUUGUAUGUUUUAUUAUGCCUACUAUUAGGUCGAGCUAAUAGAAUAUCUUUGUAAAAUAUGUAAUAACUUUUUUUUUUUAAUUUAGAUUAUCCUUUUUUUUAGUAGCGAGUUAUAUAAAGAAAAUGAGAAUAAAAGAGAAAAUAUGUGAAAGAGAUGAAUGGAAAAAUAUAAAGGCAGUAGAAAAAAAAAUUCACAAGCUACUUUGGCAGACAUUGAUUAAGAAUAGUGUGAAACAAUAAUAAACUCAAUCAGAUUAAUAAAGAAAAAAUUGGGAGGAAGCAAUAUUCGCCUUUCUCAUAUAAAUAGAAUAUAUUUAUAUAUUACUCAUUAAAUUUGCAAUAUAGUUGACGAAUAAAAAAAAUCUAUUGUGGAGAAUAAUCAAGUGCGAAGUAAAGUGGGCAUUUUAAUACUUUUUUUUGCUUGUAUAACAAAUCAUUGAUUUUUUACUAUUUAAAAGUAUUAAGCAUUAUUGUGCUUCCACUUUAAUCAUAUAUUGUGUUGUAUUAAAACUUUUUAUUUAACCGUAAAUCAUGUGCUUUUUUUAAUUAACGUCAAUUAAAGUUUAAAGUUCAUAGAGAAACAGAUUUAUUAAAAAGAUCUAUACAUAUAUAAAUAAAUUUGAAUCCGUUCCUUCAAUUGUAAUAAUAUUAUUAUUGAAUUAAUUUUAUUUAUUAAAAUAAUACUAAUGAUAAUAAAUACAAUUGAGACAUAAAUGUUUCGCUGUACAAUAAUUUUCCAUCGGGAAAUAAAUUGCAAUCGCGAUUUGCCUUAAAUUCGUAGUUAAGUCUACGCUUUAACACGGUGAUGAUAGAUUUUAGGAAUAAUAGUAAACGUGAAUAUAGCUUGAUCAAUUUUUAAAUUAUCGUAUUAAAUUUUUUUUCUCAUACGAUAAUGAUAUUUAUGAUGGUAAUUAUAAAUAAUAAUAUAGAUAAUGAUAAUAAUGAUAUGUAAUUACUGUAUUGAGAAUAAAUAAUGUAAUAUCUUGAUGAUAAUAAUGAUCAAUAUCUGCCGAGGUAGACGUCCCUUCAAUUUAUUGGUGCUCUAUGGACACCGUUAAGUGCACUUUUCAUUAAUAAAAAAAUGAAAUAAAAAAUAGAAAAUGGUAAAAAAAAAAAAAAAUGAAAAAUAUUAUUAAAAAGGCCUAGAAUUAAUUGAGUUGUGAAUUUACAUCGGGUGUUUAUAAAUAACACUAAUUGAAAGAAAGAAAGAGUGUAAAAACAAAUAAUAAAUUAAUGAAUUGUGAAAAAA